CGGCCGCCUCGACGUCCGUCUCCGUCGCCAGUUUCAGCGCCGCUCCAUCCCAACCACCUACCGUCGUUCGUUCUGUGAGGAAAAACUAGAAGCCAUUGCUAUGGAAAAAGAAACCAAAUUGAACUCCAGUUCAUCACAAGAGAAGCCGCAGAAACUCGCGGUUUCGCUGCCCAACAACGUCGACAAGAAAGGGAAGAAGAAGCCAUUGAUGACCAUUGAAGGGUACCCUGUUGAGGGAUUGUCGAUUGCUGGCCUCGAAACCUGCAUAAUCUUCCCUUCACUUGAUUUGGCUUUCGAUAUUGGUCGGUGCCCGCAACGAGCAGUCUCUCAGAACUUCGUCUUCAUCUCCCAUGCUCACAUGGAUCACAUAGGAGGGUUGCCCAUGUAUGUUGCCACCCGUGGCUUAAACCGCAUGAAGCCUCCAACGAUCAUUGUGCCAACGAGCAUCAAGCCAACCGUUGAACAACUUUUUGAGGUGCAUCGGCAGUUAGAUGGAUCAGAGCUGCGGCAUGUUCUUAUUGGUUUGGAUAUAGGGGAAGAGAUUUCCAUUAGAAGGGACCUUAAAGUAAAAGCAUUUAAGACACACCAUACAAUAAAGAGCCAGGGUUAUGUUGUUUACCAAGUGAAAGAAAAACUUAAGCAAGAGUAUCAUGGGCUAUCCAUCAGAGAAAUGAAAAACUUGAAAUUAUCAGGUGUGAAGAUAACAGAUACUAUAAGUCACCCCGAAAUUGCUUUUACUGGUGAUACAAUGUCUGACUUCAUACUGGACGAAAGUAACAGUGACGUUCUGAAGGCAACAGUUCUUGUUAUGGAGUGCACUUUUGUUGAGGACAGGGUAACAGUGGAGCAUGCCCGAGAAUAUGGUCACACCCAUCUGUAUGAGAUUAUUAAGCAUGCAGACAAAUUUCAGAACAAGGCAAUCCUUAUGAUCCAUUUUUCAGCUCGUUACACAGUAGAGGAAAUACAAGAAGCCAUGUCAAAACUUGAGGCACCUUUGGCUGGCCGAGUUCAUAUACUCACAGAAGGUUUUUGACAAGACAGGCUGAGAGAGAGGCUUUCACAAGUUUGACCUCUUCACUAUCUCGCCUAUGAUAAGAGACGACCAAUCUGGGACCAAUGAGCUUCCGAAGUUGUCAUGUUUUGUACAGUUUAUGUAAACUGGUGGAGGCUCAAGAGAUUCAGCUUGGACGUUUGCUCUUUCAUCGAAUGCAAGCAACCAUGGUGUAGUAGGCAGUAGCAUUGAAAUGAAUCAAAUUUUGUCCGGAGUUCUUGAGCUGGUGUCAUCAAGUGGAACUCUGGUCAAUUGGAAGAUGCAUUCUGUGGGCGAUCAUAUCUCAUCUCCUCCAGAAAGGGUGUUUAGUUGAAACUGAAAGCCUUACCCUUGUGUUCAUAUAAUGCUAAUCUGGGUUUGCUCCCACCACCUAGCUUGUUGGUGUUCCUUCCCCAUCUGUGUAGCCCGACAGAUGUACAUUGUUCAUGGGAAACCUCUUUUUUUUCUUCUUCUGGAAUGAGGAUGUUGCAAGGUUUGAGUGGUCCAUUUUCAGUGUAGUUUCCUCUCUUUUUUGCAGUUUAUGUCCCAACUUCGAUUGAAGUGUUAGAUACAAUAUCGCAUGACACUUCAAUCGAAGUUAUACAAUAUCACUUGAGUUAUUCAGAAACAAAAAAUUCAACAUCGC